AUGGAUGCAUCUCAGGACAAUGCGAUGUCGCAAUCAGAAUCAUUGUCCAAUUCCCAGCAGCAAUCUUCCAGUGUUCAGCCUGGUCAACCUACUACCUCCACCGACAAAAGCAAGGACCCUCCAGCUCCUAAACGUGGCCGCCGUACGAAGAAAGAGAUGGCAGAAUGGCGGGAUCAACAAAAGAGAAUUCGACUCCCAAAAGAACAAGAUCGUGAAAUGGCCAAAGCUGAUCAAGGAGCAAGAAAAGCAGGCUAA